AUGCCAUCAUCAGAAGAUAAAGGAUCGGUGGUUCGAUGGUUGGUGUGUGGAGCGACGGCUGGAUUGGCUGUGGAUAUUGGAUUGUAUCCAUUGGAUACCAUCAAAUCCAGAAUGCAAUCGAAACAGGGUUUUAUUGCGGCUGGAGGGUUUAAAGACGUUUAUAGAGGAAUGAGCUCGGUAUUAGUUGGCUCAGCACCGGGCGCCGCCAUCUUCUUCCUCACCUACAAAUACAUCAACGGACAAAUGAAACGAAUCAUCAAGGGACGAGACGCACUAGUCGACGCAGUUUCAGCGAGUUUGGCUGAAAUCGCCGCGUGCGCCGUCCGUGUCCCAACGGAAUUGUGUAAGCAGAGAGGACAAGUGAACAAGGGAACACGGCUGACGUUGAUUUGUAAAGAAAUUAUGGAGACGAAAGGGUUGAAAGGGUUCUAUCAAGGAUAUGGGAGUACGGUAGCCAGGGAGAUUCCAUUCUCGAUUAUUCAGUUUCCGAUAUGGGAAGCGUUGAAGAGGAAGGUGGCUGAGAAUAAAGAAUCCGGUCGAUGUAGUCCGUUGGAAGGAGCCGCCUGUGGAAGUGUAGCUGGAUGUAUUGCAGCUGGAUUGACUACACCUCUCGACGUGGCAAAAACAAGAAUCAUGCUUACGAAAACCGGUCCAGCUCCUGGUAUUUUAAGCACAUUAAAAGAGGUCUACACAACUGGCGGGAUGGGCGGUCUCUACUCGGGCGUCGUGCCACGUGUCAUGUGGAUCUCUGGCGGCGGAUUCGUCUUCUUUGGUGCUUAUGAAACGGCGAUGCAUUUUACCAAAUUUUUAGAUUAG